AAAAGGGUACGCGCCGGGCGGGGACGGGCGCGGGCAUGAAGCUGGAGGUGUUCGGGUCCCGCGAGGGCCUCGGGGACAAGCCGGGGAGUGACCUGGAGGGGGCGGGCGGCCGCGACGCGCCGUCUCCGCUGUCGGCCGCGGGCGACGACUCCCUGGGUUCGGACGGGGACUGCGCGGCCAACAGCCCGGCGGCGGGCGGCGGCGCCGUGGCGCUGGCGGGCGGCGGCGAGCGGAGCGCGGGCGGAGGGCCGGGCGCGGAGGAGGCGGGCGCAGCAGCGGCGGCGGCGGGGGGCGCGGGCGGCGGUGCGGGCGCGCGCGGCAAGCCGUACACGCGGCGGCCCAAGCCCCCGUACUCGUACAUCGCGCUCAUCGCCAUGGCCAUCCGCGACUCGGCGGGCGGGCGCCUGACGCUAGCCGAGAUCAACGAGUACCUCAUGGGCAAGUUCCCGUUCUUCCGCGGCAGCUACACUGGCUGGCGCAACUCCGUGCGUCACAACCUCUCGCUCAACGACUGCUUCGUCAAGGUGCUGCGCGACCCUUCGCGGCCCUGGGGCAAGGACAACUACUGGAUGCUUAACCCCAGCAGCGAGUACACCUUCGCCGACGGGGUCUUCCGCCGCCGCCGUAAGCGCCUCAGCCACCGGGCGACGGCCCCGGGCCCCGGGCCGCGGCCCCCGGACGCCGCGCCUCCGCCGCCCGCGCCCGCCGCCCCGGCGCCGGCCACGCCCCGCGCGCGGUCGCCCGCUCGGCCCGAGGGGCGCGCCAGUCCGGCGGGCAGGUUCUCCGGCCCCUUCGCCAUCGACAGCAUCCUCAGCAAGCCUUUCCGCAGCCGCCGCUCCGGGGACGCGGGCCCCGGGAUGCGCCCACCGUGGGGCGCGGCGCCCUGCCCGCUGCCGCCCGCCUAUCCCGCGCUGCUUCCGGGCGCGCCCGCCGGGGCCCUGCUGCCGCUCGGCGCGUUCGGCGCGGCCGAGCCGCCGGGGCUGGGCGCGCGCGGGGCCGAGGCGCCGCCCCUCCUGCUCGCGCCCCUGGCCGCCCCGGCCCCGGCCCCCGCCAAGCCGCUCCGGGGCCCGGCCGCCUGCGCGCACCUGUACUGCCCCGUGCGGCUGCCCGACGCUCUGCACGCGGCCUCGGCCCGCGCGCCGGGCCCGCACCUGCCCGGCCCGCCGGAGACGCUCCUGGCCUGAGCGCGACGGAGCCGGCCGGGAACGCGGGCUCCGGGAGAGGGUGGGGGUGAGCUUUCCACCCAGAGAACGGAGACCGUCAAAGAAAACACCUCCACCAAACGUGCCUUAGAGCUAACGCCUUCUGAUGCCAGUGUCCCAACUCGGUCCCGGACAUUUCCCUUCGUCCUUUAUAACUAACGUCACAGCGGAGCAAAGCAGCGCUUCACAACGGUCUCGUUUCUUGACCAAGCCUGUCCCUGCCCCCUCCACGGAGACUUCUCCCUUCCUAGUGUCCAGGCUCCGCCUUGUUCCUCCUGUUUUCGUUGCACCGUCCAGUGAUUUGUCCCUUAAAAAGCAAAACAAAAACAAAAAAGCACGUCAGGGAACCAUUCCAUGGGAUCCAUGAUACGACUACUGCGGGGGUACCGGCCCCGCUCCUUGCACGCGUGUGGCAUCUACAGGUGUGGCUGAGGGCGGGAGGGGCCGGAGGACUUCCAGACAUCCCUCUGCUCUUGACCCACGUUUCACUGUGCCAAAAAUGAAAAAUAUAUAUGUUGUUGGGGUUUGUAGUUAAAUUAUUUAUAUAUUUUUGAAACCCAAAUUGAAAAUGUUGCAGGCAACGGUUACGGCUUUAUUCGCGGUUGGGUUCUCUCAUAACUGUGGUCUCCUUGGGCCAAACGGUUUCUUCCAAGGACAAGUUAACAUUAUGCAUGUGGGGUGCCAGGACCACUGCCACGUGAAAGCAAGUGUGAUUUUUAUUUUUAAUAUUAUUUUAUUUGUGUCUGUGUACAUGUUCAUGUAUGAAUGUUAUGAAACCCAGGCAUAGUGCUUAUUUUUUAAUAAAACUCACA